GCGCUGACUUGAAAUGCUGCGCAGUUUACGCGCGUCCAGGAAAGUACAGGGAUUUUUUUUUAUCCCGUUUACUGACACAAAUGAGGAGUUUUUCAAACAUCUAAUUCGGAGUUUUAGGGUACAAGAGGUAGAUUGGCUCUUGACCAAGAUGCUGGGUGGGACUCACUGUUGAAUUGGACGUUUGUAAAGCCCCCCACUCCUUCCUGUUUGGUUGCUAUGGAGAAACCGCUGGGGGACUCGGAUGAUUUACAGCCACAGGACCUCUCCUCCACCCGUAGCCUUCCCGCUGUGAUGGACCUGACCAGAAAAGGUGAGGAAUGCCUCCUGAAAGCCAACUCCAUGGAGGCCCUACGGGUGGUCAAACCUCCCAGCUGGUACCCAAACUCUGGGAGCAGCAAGGGACUCUCCUUCCCCGAGACUGACCAUAUGCUUCAACCAGUAGACCACAUCCAGCCGGACAAUGCCUUCUCCAACACUACAGUCACCCUCUCGUAUGUGAGCCGGUCUCAUGUCUUCUCCACCCAUGACACUCUCUCCCAGCAUUCCCCUCUCUACGGCGUCCCGUCGAUCAGCAGGUUCUCAACAAUGGAUGGCUACUUGCAGCAGGUGGAUAGGCCUCUGGCCUUAGCGCCUCGGUCUGAAAUGUUUGACUCUAUCCCUCCAGCCCAGGUGGUGGGUGAGAAUGUCCCAAGAGUUUGUCUGAUACAGCAGUCUCAUGAAAUCAAUGGCGAUCGAGUUGCAAGUAACGGAGGAGUGGAGAAAUACAAGCCUCAACAGAGAGGGAGUUCAAUGGAACGCACUCUUUCUCAGGACACAGACAACGAAGGAUUGCAGAACGACCAGGGUAGUAGCAGCUGGUCCAACUCUGCCAUCUGUGUCGAUUCCUCCCCAGAGUCUCUCACUACAGACAUGGAGGAGGGACAGAGGAGGGCUUCAGAACUUCUUUUUCUCAUCUCUAGAACAGAGGAGCCAGUCCUGAUGCAGGACAGCAGGAGUCCCAGGGACCUGUGUUCUCCAAAUAGGGAGUAUAUCAGCCCUCUGGAGGACCCGGUCUCUCCCUCUGUCUCACUGCAUGACGUAGAGGACGGUUUCAUUCUGCCUCAGGCCUCCUGCUCACCCUGCGCUGAGAAUUCUUUAGCAGACGAGACGUCUGAUACCCGCUGGGAUGAGCUGGAGAGAGGAGGGCCUGGGCUGUCUGCAGUACAGGGGACAAGGUCUAAUGGGGAUAAUACACCAAGGUUAGAUUACAGCGAGGACUACCAGGAGCCAGGACGUAAACCCAAGGCAGCUCCGGAGCCUAUUGUCGACUUGACAGAAGACGAGAGCGCUGUGCCAGAGUUUUUAGAAAAGAAGCCCAGGCAGACGGCUGCUACUCACCUGAAUGGUAAUGUGAAGGCAGAGCAGAGGACUUCUGAGAGGAAACAACUCGCCCCUCGCUCUGGCAGGGGAACCAGGUUAGAGGCCAUAGUGAUGAACAUAAACCCUAACUGGUAUAAAGGAUCCACUAAGAAGCCCAAGACCUCAAAGGCCCAUCCUCAGACAAAUCCCCUGACCCAGAGCAGUCCAUCUAAAGCCGGUGUUAGUCCUAACAAACAGACCUUGUCUGUAGUGAAGAAGGGCCAGAAUAAAGCAGCAUCUAGCGCAGAGGGAGAGGCUAAAGUAAAGGCAGCGGUAGCCUCACCGACAGGUCGUAUGGAUAGCAUUUACAUGAACACAGACAGCUGCAAAGAGUCUACCUCAGAUUCUGAACACACCCGUUUUCCAAAAUACCCAAACAACCACAGCACAUUUCCCAUAACCUCCAGCCUGCCCUUUGCUCCAGACAAUGAUUCAGAGAAGGAGAUGGAACACAGAGAGUCAGGUCCAGAGCCCUCCUCUGAGAUGGAUGUACUGACUGUAUCACCGUCACUUAAAGCAUCUCCAAAGAAACCCGGGAAGCAUAAAGCUAAGACCGCAAGCAGUGAACCAGCUUCUCCCACAGCCAAAUCAAGGAAGGCCCCUGCUCCCAAGAAGAAACGGAAGAAACCCAGACUGGAUCAGUCUUCUAUGUUCUCCCCUCAGGAGCCUGAGAUCAAACUAAAAUACAUCAACUACAAGGAGGAGAAGAGGGACGUGAGGGUGGAAACCUUCUCUCCGUUCAUCCACGUGGAGCGUAAGCCUUCCUCCACCUCCCCCGCCAACUGUGCUGUCAUCAACUACCCAGAGGAGGAGAAGCCCAGGCAGAAGGGCCAGGGGCAACAGCAGGCUGGAGGCUCAGGAUCCGGGGGUUUCAUCCCAGGGGCUGUACCCUCCACCUCCUGCCUCCACCUGGGCCGCAUCUCCACCCACAGCCAGUACCACAGCUCCCUGGUCUGCUGCCUUUGUGGAGGCUCGGCUAACGCCAUGGACCUGGGGGACCUCCACGGGCCCUACUACCCUGAGGGAUACAGACCCAGCACUAAAGCCCCAGCUAGCAAAGCAGGCCUCGAAGAGGAGGAGGAUUUCAGUGACUCUGACUCCUCCUGCAGCGUGAGAGGCCAGGGCAGAAAGUGUGCUCGGCCCCCGGGGGUCCCCUGGCCCCACAAACCUGGCCCCCGGCUGAACCAGGAGGGCCGGCUGGGGAGGUGGACCAGUGACAGUGACCCCUCAGGCAGCCCUCGAGCUAAGAGGGCCAGGACUGAGGCUGGGCCUGGGGUUACAUCUGAGGCCGGGGCUGCAGUGGAUGACUGGUACAUCCCCCCUGUGGUGCCUCUGGACCAGUUUGAGUACUGGCUCCACGAGGACUGCAGCAUCUGGUCUGCAGGUGUGUUCCUGGUGAAGGGGAGGGUCUACGGCCUUGAAGAGGCGGUCAAGGUGGCUCAGGAGACGACGUGUUCUCGCUGCCAUAACCCAGGUGCCACUUUGGGCUGCUUCUUCAAAGGAUGCCCCAACAAGUAUCACUACAGGUGUUCUCUACAGUCAGACUGUGUCCUCAAUGAAGAGAACUUCUCCAUGAAAUGCACCAAGCACAAGAACAAGUCAUUCCAGGGCCCUUCUAGGAGCAGAAGAGAUGACUGGUGACGUAACCAGAAGACAGACUUGACAUGACGUCGUUCAUCUGUGGCGUUACACGGGGUUUCCCCUGUGAGCCUGGUAACCGUGGCGACACUAACUGUCCUCUGAUUGAUUGACAGCUGGGCUGGGGCUGAAGGCAAAACACCCACAAACCUUAACUGGCUCUCUACGCCUCGGCUACCUGUCCUCUUAUCUCCACCACAUAAAAGCACUGCUAAGACUAAGCAGGAGACCAAGGCUGUCCUAACGUUCUGCUACCUUUCAGUCCUUCUCGUGGUUCUGGACUAACUGGCAACGGUGGCUACUAAAUGGGCCAAUGACUGAACAGAACCGAGGAGGUUGGGAGCGGGGCCCAAAGCCAAUGUCCGUCACCAUUCGAUUGAAGAGAAAUGUUUUCAUGUUGCUUAUGGCUAAAUGCGUGCUAUCGCUUUGUAAUUAUUUAUUAGGAAAAAGGAUGCGCUCCCUUUUUUUAAAAAUUGAAUUGUUGAUCAAACAAUUGGAGAUAUUUUAUUUUGUAAAGCUUUCAAAGUAUGUGAUUUAUAUUUUUGCUUAUUUAUUUUUUGGGGUAUCUUGUGGCUUUAGUUUUUAUUUAGCAAUUCACCUGGAGGUGUGUUUCGUAUGCGUCUUAAGUUAUGAGUAAGAACCCUGAUGAUGAAGACUCCACUUGGUAGAGGAACUGGUGGUCGUAUAGCAGCAGUGCAGAAUGGUCUAGUAUUCAGAUCGACCACAAGUUUAUCGACAGAACCAUAUCUGAUUACAAUACAGGUACCUGUGAUAUCUAUUCAUGAAGACCAUACUUUGCUAAAUUGACAGGUUUAUUCUCAUGUGAUGAAAAUAAUGCCAGAUUCAUCUGAUUUUAGUUCUGAGGGUGAGAAGAGGCGUGCUUUUCAACUGAUUUUACUUGCACUUUGUUUUGUCAUUUGACAGUGAUAUAAAUAAUUGUUGAGGGAA